UUAAUUAACCUUAUUCUGUAUUACGAUUCUACGAAUACUGGCACUAAUCCACACAUAUUUAUAUAUAUACAUAUAUUUUUGUAUACUGUAAUAUAAUGCAACAGUUUAUUUCAUGCACAACUAAUUUUAGCUUCAGCAUGGAGUAAAACGAAAAGAAAUUUCUCAGUUUUUACGUCACAUCUAACAUAUUGUACACAGAGUUGACCUAUAGUCAUUUUGUAUAUUUGUAGUCGGUAUAGCAAGUCGAGCAGUAAUUAACUUAGAAAAUGUGUAAAUAUUUUAACAUUGCUGUUAACGUUACAUUAUCUCGUAUUUUAUGCAACAAAAAAAUUGACUAGCUCUGUGAGAUAUACGGUCUGCCACACAGUAAAGAAGAUAAAGAAAAACUUUAUUCGAUGAGAAUAACAACAUGUAUGCGUCUGUAAAAGAUAAUAUCCCUCGACUAGUGUAAGCAGGAAAAUUUUCACAAUUAUAGUCUUCAUAGGAACGGAAUAGGAAGUGGAAAGGGACGAGUAUUGCGUAAUGAAUAUCUAAACGACUCGAUGUCGAUUUUUUAAUGACCCUUAUUAAUGAUACUGAGGUAAGCAGUUGAAGUAUGUAAAACUAUACUUAUUCCAUCACAAGAUGUGCUCGGUUACAUUUAAAUAAAAUUUAUUGAUAUUCAUAACAGCGAAACAUGUUGUAUCUGUAAUAUUUGUUAAUUCUAUUGUAUUGUUAAAAAGUAAAAUUGUAAGAAACGAUGUUCUGAUACAAGUGCGCGAUAGACAUCUAUAAAUACUGUUUUCUAAUUGGGUUCACACGAAUAGCCUAUUACAUUACGGUUACUUAAGGUCAUCCGAUUAUUAAACCGAGAUAAUUAUAUGCAAUCUUCGUGCAAAGUGAAUAAAAUCUAUCGCUGACAUUUACAUGUAGUUUUACUUGUGAGAUUUAAACAUUAAUUUGUGGAAUGUACUAAUAACAUAAUUAAUUUGGUGAAACUACUUUUCGUAUCAAAUUCGUUUCCUCUUACAAUUAUCUUCUGAAUAUUUAAUUGGAUAUUCACUGCUUUAAGAUACUUUCUAAGUACUUUUUACAUGUAGAAAGAACCUACACCUUUGUGUAUCACAUUGAUGAGUUUGUAAAGAAAGAGAUUCAAAUAUGCAAAUACUCACUCUAAAUUUCUUUAUAUAUACACUUUGUGGUAUAUGGCAACCUAUUGAGUGGUCUUCAAAUGUAGCAAAACUAUUGUAUAAUAUAUUUACUUUUAUUGUAAUAUUCUCAGAGUAUUUUUUGGUGAUAACACAAUUUAUGGAUAUAGUUCUUGUUGUCGACAAUAUUGAUGAUUUUGCCACUAAUACUCUAAUGUUCCUGACUAUUGUUGCUGUAUGUUGCAAAGCGACAGUCGUUGUAUUGCGACGAAAUGCGAUCAUCAAUUUGGUACAAGUAUUGUUGAAAACACCGUGUAAACCUCGUAACGAGGAUGAAGCAACGAUACAAACAAAGUUUGAUAAGUUUAUCAGAUCAUAUUCAAUAAAAUACUCACUUAUGGCGACAACCUCCUGUACAGGUGUCACAAUAGGAUCGAUUCUAAAUAUGAUGCAAGGUCAAUUGCCAUUUCGAAUAUGGCUGCCAUUCAAUUUCAAUAUACCUAUAGUGUUCUGGAUUAUAUCUAUUCAUCAGAUUAUAACUCUAAUUUUUGCCACUAUGAUAAAUGUGGGCACGGAAACCUUAGUCUUCGGAUUGUUUUUGCAAACAUGUGCUCAGCUUGAAAUUUUAGAAAGUCGUCUUCACAAAUUAGUAAUUAAUAGAACAGUUAGGUAUUUAGAACAUCCAAUCUUUUCAUCGAAUGAAAAUAAAAUGGAAAUAUCGCAGUGCGUACAUCAUCAUCUCAGCAUUUAUAAAUAUGCCAAAAUGGUAAACGUUAUAUUCAAUCAAGUGCUUUUCGUCCAAUUCUUUGGAAGUAUACUGAUAUUAUGUACCAGUGUAUAUUAUAUGUCAACACAUAUUGCUAAUCCGUCUGAAGCUGUGACUUAUUUAGUCUACACCAUUGGAAUGUUUAUUCAAAUUUACGUUUAUUGCUGGUCUGGAAACGAAGUCAUUCUUAAGGUGACAAUCGUUACUGCACAAACUGUAUCAAAUAAAAUAAUGUACUUUGUAUACUAGGUAAUCGGAAUGCACUAACAAGGGGAGGGCCAACAUAUGUUCUCUCCGAUUUUAAUGAGCUUGAUAUAUGUUGCACAACUACACCUCCCUUAAUAAUAGGUAAAACCAUUCGACCAUACGCUCAAGCAUUCGCGAGAAAAAUUUAUUUAAAAUUUUUCCACAUGCGUAUGUACCGAGUCGCUCACAAAAUAUCUCGCGAAUGCUUGAGCGUAUGGUCGAAUGGUUUUACCUAUUAUUAAGGGAGGUGUAGUAUUGCAACAUAUAUCAAGCUCAUUAAAAUCGGAGAGAACAUAUGUUGGCCCUCCCC